UCUGAGUUUAAAAAUAGGUCGUUAAAUACUGACGGCACGGGGUUCUUCAGCUUGUUCACUACAUCUCCCAUCAUUCAUACCUUCUAAAGAGUACGCGAGGAUAGCAGCGAUUGGUUGAAUCCAGGUUGAAACUCAACGGUUGCACCCCUUAUAUGGUAUUCGUGCGUGCUGCCCUUUCAUUAUAGCUUUUUAUGCUAAUGAUAUUCUAAUGGGCAGCUGUAUGCAGUAGUAGUAAGAGCAUGCGUAGUGCGUGAAAAGAAUACGGCGAAGAUACAAAGUUUUUGUUCAGUUUUUGCCAUAACACUGACCAACAAACAGAUUAUGUUUGGCUUUCACAAGUCAAAGAUUUACCGGAGUAACGAUGGCUGUUGCAUCUGCAAGACCAAGUCCUCUAGUUCACGCUUCACAGACAGCAGUCGAUAUGAAGAGACGUUUAGACUCUGCUUUGGGCUAUCAGAAGACCGUGUUGGAGACAUUUGCAACGCCUGUGUGUUACUGGUGAAGAGAUGGAAGAAGCUGCCUCAUGGCUCCAAGAAGAACUGGAAUCAUGUCGUGGAUGCCAGAGCGGGGCCAGGAUUCAAGGUGACAAAACCCAAGAAGAUCAAGAACAGUGAUGGGAAGAAGAAAAGCAAGCUAAAGAAGCUCCACAAGUUAAAGAGACAAACAGACUCGGAUGCCCAUAGCACGACCUCCAGUGUGUCUCCUGCCCAGUCUCCCAGUUACAGCAACCAGUCAGAUGAUGGCUCAGACAUCGAGUCCAAACAAAGGCGCUCGAAUCCUUCUAUCUUCUCUUUCUUGGACCGUUCCUACUGGAAAAGGCAAAAAGUGUGCUGUGGGAUUAUCUACAGGGGGCGUUUUGGAGAGGUGAUUAUUGAUCCUCGACUUUUCAAGCCCUGCUGCAGUUCCAAAAAGCAGAAGACCCUGGCAUCCACACAGGGUUAUCCAUGGUAUCCACCUGGAUUUGUCUCCAGUGGCAGACCCCCUGUUCCCAUCACCACCUUCUGUAAAUCGGUUAGAUGUUUCUUCUCUACCUAAUAUUCCGUUUUUAUAUUGGUUUUUUAAACUUUUGUAUAGAGUUGAUUUUCUUUUUUUUAUAUAAAAAACAAAAAGGGAAAAAAAUCUUGACAUUAGUGUUAUUUAUAGGAUGAGGUUAAAUUUUGUUCAGGCUCCAUUUGUUCUAAAUUGAUUUGGAUUAUUUUGUAUUAAGUGCUCAGUGAUUUGUAAAUAAUUAGUCACCUUUUCAUACAUAGACCUCUUUUUUCAUAAUUUGUCAAAUUGUAAGUGUGCAUAUGAAAGACACCAGGUAUUUCUAAAACCAGCUUUUUGUGUGUUGGAGUGGCUCUUCAACUUGCUGCGAUGUUUUUGUCUGAUCAGUUUGCUCCUUAUGUGCAGAUGCUGACUCUGUAAGAUUUCUAAUACAUCAAAGGGCUGUUGUUA